GGACUCCCACUCCCAAUCCCAGUCCAUUUGGAAAAGGAGGGAGUAGGGCUUUGGCGGCAAGGAUUAAAUAGGAUCUUCAAGACCCCCCCCCCCCAAUGCAGAGCUCGAAAAAUCGAAAAACAGAAACCAACAAUGAGCACCGUCGUGAAAUUCGGCGAUCUCUGCAAGUUACGGCACCUGCUCCAAUCUCGUCCGUCGUCAAUUCCCGCCCGUGCCAUCUCGACUGCAAUCUCUCCCCUACUCCGACGAUCGUCUAUCGUCACCGGCCGUCUCUCGCCGGUCAACAAUCUGCCUCCCUCCCUCUACACCGCCUCACGCUCUUUCCGCAACGCCCUAGAUCCGAGUUCCAGGCGCGAGAUCCAGACGCCAAAGAACUUUGGGAUUCAGAUUGUGCCAGAGAAGAGGGCUUUUGUAGUCGAGCGAUUGGGGAAGUACUUGAAGACAUUGGAUACUCCAGGAAUUCACUUGCUAGUUCCCUUCGUAGACAAAAUUGCAUAUGUCCAUUCCCUUAAGGAACAGUUUAUUAAGAUUCUGGAUCAACAGGCCAUUACCAAAGACAACGUCGAGGUCUAUAUUGACGCUGUUCUCCGUGUCCAGAUAGUUGAUCCGAAACAGGCAUCAUAUGUAGUUGAGAAUGUAUUGUGUCGUGUGGCUGAUAUUGCACAAAUCACUACACGUUGUGAGCUUGGUAAGUUAAUGAUGGAUGAGGCUAUUGGCGAACGAGAUACUCUAACUGAAAAAAUAAGGAUGACAAUCAAUGAAGCUGCCAGUGAUUGGGGGUUGAAGUGCAUCCGAUAUGGAAUACGAAAAAAUUCUCUCCCUCUUGAAGUUAUGGCAGCUACGGAGAGCAAGCAGCAGCUGAACGAAAGAAAUUAGAAGGCAAAGUUGAAGAAAUUAUUGCGAGAGUAGUGGCUACAUCGGACCCGCAACAAAUUGCCGAGGUUUCU